AUGGCUUGUGGUGAGAUCGCCAACGCGCUAACUGCACAGUUUGGUCCAACUGUGGGUUUCUCAGAGCGAAAUGUGAGAAGAUGGUGCUUUGAACGUGGCCUAAAUCAGGACAUCUGUCCUGACAAUCGGCUUGAACUUGAAGUCUCAAAAGGAAUCGCAGAGACUGGAUCAUCAUUUGGCCGCAAAAUGAUGACCGGAUACUUGUCUGCAAAAGGCAUUAAAGCCUCUGAGGGUAGGGUGGGGAAGAUAUUAAGGUCUGUAAAUGAACCUUACCUCGUGGCACGCCAACAGGGUGCCCGCAAUUUAAACCCUGUCCCAUAUAAUGCUGAGUAUAUGGGACACAAGUUACAUAUGGAUCAAAAUGAAAAACUGGUAAUGUUUGGUGUCACACAUGUUAUGGCCAUAGAUGGUUACAGCAAGAAGGUUGUAGGCUAUUCUACAAUGCCAAUAAAAAACAACCUCACCAUUUAUGAGGAGGUGUACAGACAUGCAGUGCAACAGUAUGGUAUCUGGGACCAAAACCAUGUCAUUGAACGUAUGUGGCCAGAAGUGAAUGCACGGGUGAACUACCCAUUGAAGACGGCCUUGAUUCAGCUGGUUGACAGUGAGGAACUUGACAUGGAAGACAACGUAUCCCGGUUUUGUGUGUCAAACCUGACCUGCCAGUUAGCUGGGAUUGGCAUCAACAAUGUCAUAAAGGCCUGGAACGCACAUAGGAUCCCAGGAAAAGGAAUCCCGGAUGAGCUUGCUUCUGGAGGGUGUCCUGUGAGAGUCAACCAAGAUCAGCUUCCUGAUGCAAAUGUUGCUGCUGAUUGGUAUCGUCAGGAAACUGGGUCUGAACUGACAAGAGAAUCUGUUUUUGGAGCUGAUCCAUUUCUCUCCGAAGAAGCCAGAAUGCUAUGA